AUGAACGGGGUGUGCCUCGACCGGUCCAACGUCGACUUUGGUUUUUCUUCUACCGGAGGACAGGAGACAAUCACCCUGACCAAUAACUCCGACACCGAGGUGCACGUGGUGUGGAACCUGAAGCCGCCGGGGGAAGGUGGAGGCGUCAAGGAAGCCGGGCCUGCUUGUCUUCAAGUGACACCGCUGGAGGCUCGCGUGCCUGAACGAGGGAGCCUGUCGUUCCGAGUAGAAGUGUUCCCAACCAAGGGCAACUGCUACUUUGCCGAGGAGGCCGAGGCGUUCGUGUCCCCUGCAAACCAAAUGACCUUCAGGACGGUGAAAGAUGCUACGCAGCAGCCGCCUUGGUGCCUACCCUUGCGCGUGUUGGGCCACACCUUCGUCGGGGAGCAGUUCUUGGCUAAGGCCUCCCUAUCGACGCAGCACACGGGGCAGAAGCUGUGCUUCCCAGCCUGUCACGUGGGGGACACCGUUUAUCAAACCAUCAGGUGGGGCCAGGAGAAGGGCGCAGAACGAACGGGCGUUCGGUGGCCAAAAGUUUCUGGGUUAUUGUGGCUGGCCAGAAAUGUGCGCUCUCCACACAACCCGCUGCUGCUGGUGUUACGCCUUCUGUUCGGUCGCAGAUUGUCAAAUCAAGGCAAUAUCCCCGCGUGUUUCAACUUCCAGCCUGACGCGAGCGGUGUCUUUGCCAUCAAGCCUUCCGUUGGCCUUGUCCCGGCGGGGGAUUUCCAGCUGUGCCUGGUGCGGUUCACACCUCCCGGUCCAGGAGGCUACCACCACCGGCUACAAUGCGUCCUGAACAACGAUCCCGGAAGCACCGAAGAAGCGGACCUGUUCGGCCAGGGCGCUUGGCCGGCCGUCCAGGUGACGUCUGGCGGGGGUGGGGAGGCGGGUGACGGCGAACCAGCGCGGUCGCUCGCUGCGGGAUCGGUGGGGGCAAGCAGCGGCAGCAGCAUAAGGAUUCGGGAGCGUUUGGAUAAGGACAAAGGGUCAGUCGUUUAUAUGCGGCCCACCUGUGUGGGGAUCGUCUCGUCCGGGGUCGUCAAGGUGAACUCGGAGAAGUCCAUUGUCGGUUAG